CUCUGAAUUCAUUGAUAGGCCAUUAUCUUCUUACUUCUGCACACGCGUCCGUUCAUGCAGCAGUGCACUCGGCUCUCGCCACGUGCCCCAGGCCCAGUGAUGAGCAAGCGCCACCUCGUGCAGCCAGGGCCCCGCAGCGCCUCCCAGUGCAUCCACCUCCCUCACCUGGUCUGUGAUGAGGAAGGCGGUUCUGCGCCUGCCAUGGAGGAACGGGUCCUUGGAGUCCAACAGACUUGGGUUCAAAUCCCACCUCCACUGCAUAUCGGCGGGGUCACUCUGCUGAUUGCCUUCAUCUGCGUGAGGAGCUCCGUGUGGAGUAGGUACAGUGCCUACAGCUACUUUGAAGUGGUCGCCAUCUGCAACUUGAUAAUGAUCCUCGUCUUUUACCUGGUGCACCUCUUCCGUCUCUACCGCGUGCUCACCUGCAUCAGCUGGCCGCUGUCGGAACUUCUGCACUAUUUAAUCGGUACCCUGCUCCUCCUCAUCGCCUCCAUCUUGGCAGCCUCCAAGAGUUACAACCAGAGCGGACUGGUAGCUGGAGCGAUCUUCGGUUUCGUGGCCACUUUCCUCUGCCUGGCGAGCAUAUGGAUGUCCUACAAGAUCUCGUGCGUGACCCAGUCAACAGAUGCUGCUGUGUGAGGACACCCUACGCCCAGCCCGAGGCGCUGGCACGGAACGUCGGGGUGGCCCCGGGAGGGCCUUUGGACCCUCUGCUCCGCGCCAGAGCCCUGCCCCCACUGCUGGGCACCAGAGGGCCUCUGGCGGCCUCCCUGCCUCCCGGGCCUCUCUCAGCCUCCCUUUCCAGUCUUCCUUGGAACAUGGUCCUCCCCGCCUGGGAACGACGAGCCACCUCCGGGGAAAUCGGGUCUCUCCCUCCUGCUUUUAGAACCAACCGCCUCAGGGACUGGUGACCCCACUUCCCUACCACCACGGAGGGGUUUCUGAAUCUUCCUGCCGAAACCUGCUUUACUCCACAUUCCUCAGGGGGGUGAAGCUGCCUUAAGUCCUCUUAUAAAAACAAAGCCAUCUCCGGGGCGCCUGGGUGGCUCAGUCGGUUAAGCAUCUGACUUCGGCUCAGGUCAUGAUCUCACGGUUCAUGGGUUC